UCCCUGCGGGGGUGUGGCAUGGGCUGUCCCCACGGUCCCGCGUGGGGCAGGGCGGGUGGCAGCAGUCCCGCUGUUGGCGGAGGUGGCAGGAGCGCGGCACUGCCCGGGGCUGUCGCCGGGCAUCGGUGCAGGUCCUGGCAGCGGUGCCAGCAUGGCUGAGCAGGACCCAGCCCCAGGCUGCCCACGUGGGAAGCAGGAGAUGCCAGCUUUCACCUGGGAGGUCAGAGCCAAUGACCGCAGCUACCACAGGCAGUUCAAGAAGAAAUCUGCCUUCUGCCUGAGCAAGAGGAAAUACUCGGGCAAUGCCAUCAGGACAGCCAAGUACAACCUGCUCACCUUCCUGCCCCUGAACCUCUACGAGCAGUUCCACCGCAUGGCCAACGUCUACUUCGUCUUCGUCAUCCUCCUCCAGACUUUCCCUGAGAUCUCCACGCUGCCCUGGUACACCCUGCUGUUCCCCCUGAGCUGCCUUCUCCUCAUCCGGGGGCUGCGAGACCUCGUCGAUGACAUCGGCCGUCACCGAAGCGACAGGAGCAUCAACAGCAGGCCCUGUGAAAUCCUGGCUGGGAAGAGGUUCCGCUGGCAGAAGUGGCGCGACGUCUGCGUCGGGGACAUCGUGCGGCUGCACAAGGACAGCGUUGUCCCGGCUGACCUGCUCCUGCUGUGCAGCUCCGAGCCCAGCAGCCUGUGCUAUGUGGAGACCGCUGACAUUGAUGGGGAAACAAACCUGAAGUUCAGACAGGCCCUUCUGGUCACCCACCAGGAGCUGGGGAGCGAGGAGAGCAUGGCUGCCUUUGACGGGCGGGUGACGUGCGAGGAGCCCAACAGCCGCAUGCACACCUUCACGGGCACCCUGCGCUGGCGGGGCCGCGCCCACGCCCUGGACAGCGAGCGCAUCCUGCUGCGGGGCUGCCGCGUCCGCAACACCGCCCUGUGCUACGGCCUGGUGCUCUACGCAGGGUUUGAUUCCAAAAUUAUGAGGAACUGUGGAAAGAUCAAGAGGAAGAAAACCAAGCUGGACCACCUGAUGGAUCGGCUGGUGAUCGUGAUCUUCCUGCUGCUGUUGGUGACAUCCCUGGGCCUCGCCGUCGCCUCUGGGUUCUGGGCCAGGACGUUCCAGGAGAAGCACGGAUACCUGGCUGCCCUCUACAAGCACACCAGCCCUGCCCAGCAGGCCUUCCUCAACUUCUGGGGUUUCACCAUCCUCCUGAGUGUCAUCAUUCCCAUGUCCAUGUACAUAACGCUUGAGUUCAUCUACCUGGUGAACAGCUGUUUCAUCAACUGGGAUCUGGAGAUGUAUUACGGUGCCAAGGACAUUCCAGCUGAAGCCAGGAGCACCAGCCUCAGUGACCAGCUGGGCCAGAUCGAGUACAUCUUCUCGGACAAGACGGGCACCCUGACACAGAACAUCAUGAGCUUCAAGAAAUGCUGCGUCAACGGGACCAUCUAUGGUCCAGGCACAAGCCAUGAGAACAAAGAGCCACCGGGCUCGGGGCCGGCCUGGCAGCGCCCUGGGGAGCCGCUGUCGGGUGUCUGCGACGUGAGGUUGCUGGAGGCCGCCCGGAGGGACGAGGACCCGGUGCUGAGGGAGUUCCUGAGGCUGCUGGCCCUCUGCCACACCGUCAUGGUGGAGGACAGGGGCGACCAGCUGGUUUACCAGGCAGCCUCCCCGGAUGAGGAGGCGCUGGUGCUGGCAGCCAGGAGCCUGGGCUAUGUCUUCCUGGGCCGCACACAGGACACCAUCACCGUCAGGGAGCUGGGCAGGACCAGGACGUACGAGGUGCUGGCCAUGCUGGACUUCAACAGCGACCGCAAGAGGAUGUCUGUCCUGGUGCGAGACCCCCAGGGCACCAUCCGGCUGUACACCAAGGGCGCCGACACCGUCAUCCUGGAGCGGCUGCGGGGGCGAGGGCCCAAGGAGACCCUCACCGAGAGGGCGCUGGAUCGCUUUGCAGAGGAGACGCUGAGGACGCUGUGCGUGGCCAGCAGGGAGGUGAGCGAGGCCGAGUUCCAUGCCUGGAGCCGGAGGCACCGUGAGGCCGCGGUGCUGCUGCAGGACCGUGCCCAGGAGCUGGACAGGCUCUACGAGGAGAUGGAGCAGAACCUGCAGCUGCUCGGGGCCACGGCCAUCGAGGACAAGCUGCAAGAGGGAGUCCCUGAGACCAUCCAGCUGCUGAAACUGGGCAACAUCAAAGUGUGGGUGCUGACAGGAGACAAACAAGAGACAGCAAUGAACAUCGGCUAUGCCUGCAGGCUGCUGACGGACGACAUGGAGAUCCUGGAGGAGAAGGAGGUCAGCGAGAUCCUCCAGGCUUACUGGGACAGCAACAACAACCUCAGUGGCAGUGGGGACGCCCCGUGCAGGCAUCGCCUCUCCCAGCAGUGCCCAGAGGCUCCCUGCCACAAGAGAGCCAUCAUCAUCAGUGGGGACUUCCUGGACAAAAUCCUCCACACGGGAGAGGUGCAGAAGGAGAAGAAGGGGUGGCCGUGGCGGUGGCUGUGCUGUGACAGGGCCGAGGCCUCGCAGGACCAGGGAGGUCUGGUGGAGAAGGCCUUUGUGGACCUGGCCACCAGCUGCCAGGCCGUGAUCUGCUGCAGGGUGACCCCCAAGCAGAAAGCCCUGAUGGUUCAGCUGGUGAAGAAGCACAAGAAGGCCAUCACCUUGGCCAUCGGGGACGGGGCCAACGAUGUCAACAUGAUCAAAACCGCAGACAUCGGGGUGGGCAUCAGCGGGCUGGAGGGGCUGCAGGCCGUGCAGUGCAGUGACUACGCCCUGGCCCAGUUCUCCUUCCUGCAGCGCCUGCUGCUGGUCCACGGCCGCUGGAAUUACCUGCGCAUCUGCAAAUUCCUCCGCUACUUCUUCUACAAGACCUUCGCUGGCCUGCUGGCCCAGGUGUGGUUCGCUUUCCACAGCGGAUUCACGGCCCAGCCUCUCUAUGAGGGCUGGUUCAUUGCACUCUACAAUAUCUUCUACACUGCCUACCCCGUGCUGUCCGUGGGCCUUUUGGAGCAGGACGUGAGUGCCAAGAAGAGCCUGGAAUUCCCUGAGCUCUAUGUGGUGGGGCAGCAGGAUGAGCUCUUCAAUUACCGCGUUUUUGGUGUCACCCUCCUGCACGGGGUGGGCACCUCCCUCAUCAGCUUCUACAUCGCGCUCUGGGCCUUUGAGGACCGCGUUGGCACCAAGGCCGUGGGUGACUAUGAGUCCUUCUCUGUCACAGUGGCCCUGUCAGCGCUGCUGUCGGUCCUCGUGGAGAUUGUCCUGGACACUCAGUACUGGACAGUGCUGUCCUUCCUGAUGGUCACAGCCAGCCUGCUCCUCUUCUGCCUCUUCUCUUUCCUGACCCAAAGUGCUGAUGCCUUCAGGAUAGCCCCUGCCAUCUUCCGCUUCCCAGAAGAUCCACCUGCAGGCCAAGCGGGAUGCGGAGCCCUCGGUGGAGCUGCGGUCCCACGUCCCCCGCGCCUCCCUCCGCCGCCGCUCCAGCUACGCCUUCUCGCACCAGGCGGGCUACGCCGGCCUCAUCACCCGCGGGGACAGCCUGCGUGCCAGGGCCACCCAGGGCACCGCCCCGGGUCCCCCGUGCCCCGCGGGGACCCCGCCUGUGUCCUGCCUGCAGCGCCCCUCGGUGUAGCUGCCCCGGCCUCAGCACACCCGGCUGCUGCCCUCCUUUCGGGGGCCACCCUUAAUCUCACUUGGUGGCUUUGCAGAGGUCACCUGGCUCAUGGUCCCCGCGCUGGGGACACAGGGCCUUUGCACAUCUGUACAGCUGUGACACCGCUGGCCGCUCCGCCGGGCCCGGCCCCUCGCCCGUGACCCCCCGGCUGCCAGCCCAGCCCAGCCCCUGCCUCUGCCCAGCCCUCCCCGCCGGGGUCUCCUCUUGUGCGAGGCUCAUCCCACCCCAGGCUGGACCCACAGAAGCCGUGCUGCUGACCCAGACUCAUUAACCCAGCUCUGAAUUAAUUAAAUGUCCCGAUGGAGAGCGGCAGUGGGGCUGGGUGGGGAUGCAGCCCCUCACCCCUGCUCGUUCCCACCCACAGGGGACUGAGCUGCACAAAGAACCUUGUUUUGUGUUCUCCACCGAGGGCUGGUGUCAGUCCUGUGGCUUUUCCGUCACAGAACAGGUCCCAGAAUGCUGGAGUGGUCUGAGUGGGACCUUAAAGCUCAUCUCAUCCAUGGGCAGGGUCACCUCCACCAGCCCAGAUGGCACAGAGCAGUGUAACUUGAAAAUAUCCCCUAAUUUCUGGAGAGGCAGCCAGGUAUGAUUGAUUGAUUGAUUGAUCGAUUGAUUGACCAUCUGCAGGUUUUUCUUCUCCAGCCAGACCAGCCUGGCUCCUGCAGCCCUCCUUGUCACUCCCCACCGCUCCCAGCUCCUGCCUUUGCUGUCCCUGCACAAGGGGCAGUGUCCUCUAUGUGCCUUGCCCCAUCUCCACACCAAACCCCCAGGUCUGGAGUCCCCAUCUUUGGGGACAACUUACGGCCACAGGCUCUGCCAAGUCCCAAAAAGCCCUUCUUGGGGGGGAUGUGAAAAAGUUCUGCCUGGUGGGCACAGGGGACACGUCCCACAGAGCCAGGGCCACCAGCAGUGGCUGCUGGAGAAGUUGUGUGUGAACAACUGACUGGUGACUGGGUCACCCUUUUUGUGAGUUUUUGUUUUUAAUUAAAAGGACUUUUUAGCUUCUCUCUCCCAUCCUGGAAAUCUCUGCAGUGCCAUGAAGGGUGAAAGCAGCACUGAAAGGUCCCGUGGUCCCUCAGUCUGUGCCAGCAGUGCUCAUGCUGUGGCAAAAGGCACAGUAGGAGAAGAAAUUUGGGUAAAAAGAUGCACAAUGAAGUCAUUCAUGGGGGCUUGGCCCUGCCUGCAGCACAUGUGAUUCGAUGGGUUUGUUUUACAAGUGCUUUGGCCUCAUCUGCACUGGGUUUGUGAGAAUUUAAGUGUUUCCCUUGGGCUCUGGCCAGAAGGGCCUGGAUGGUGCCAAGAAAUAAAAGUCUUUCCUCUGGGAAAGCUCUCCCUGCUGCCACUGCCAGGUGGAAAACAGGGGGAGACUUCCCCCAGCGUCCUGGGCACGAUCCCUGAAUGUCCCAGGCCAGGUUCGUGAGAGGAGUGAGGUGGUGAAAGGGGCAUGGAGAGGGAAGUGACCCCCUCACCACCACAGGACACCACACACGCCAGGGUGAAUGACUAGAAAAUAAUUUAUUGAAGAAACAGAAAGCUGCAGAAAUACAACACAGUCAUGACCAGUAGAGGAUGAACAAAUAGAGAUUAAUUUUUUUCUCUCUUUUAAAACCUGUUGACAGGCUGGAGUUAAGUUUCCUGAUAAGUUCCCCUGCAUGAGUCAUUGCAAAGAACAAGGAACAAACUCCAGAGCACACAGCACAGUUUGGAUAAAGUGCCUGACACAUAAGACUCUUUUUUAUUUAUUUUUUUUCUUUUUUAAUGUUUGUAAAUAGCUUAAACAAAUAUAGUUGCAAGACACAGAGGAGUAACAAUUGCAUUUCGCUGUAGAAUAAAACUUAUCCCAUGAGAGUAACAACGAAGCAGCAGCAGCAAAAAAAAUUAAAUUAAUUUAAUUAGAAGGAAAAAGUAAUUUAAAAACUCAGAGAUGUGGCCCUCGGACUGCGUGGGACGAGGACAAGUGUCACCUAUUGCUACACAGAAAAAUGAGCAAUGUUUGCUGGAGGAGGCUGGGCUGGCAGAGCCGAGGCUGUGGGUUCUCCCUGGCCAGGCUGGAUUCUGUCUGACUCCUUUGUUUCCCUUAGAAAUCCAAGGGAAAGAAUAAAAAGAAAACAAACCAAAACAAA